AUGCUUUUAAAAUCACCAAUUCAAAGGUGUGUUUUCACAUCUUCUAGAUCUUUUUUAAUAUGCUCAAGGCUACAUCAAAUAAAUCAAGGUUCUUUGCACAAUAAAAUACCAGAACAUAAUAUUCAAUCAGAAACAAAUCGAUUAGCUAAAACUGGCAAGAGAUUUUGGGAUAAAGGUAAUGUGUUCUAUAACGAAGCAACUAACAGAUAUGAAGUACAAUUGGAUGGUAAAACAUUGCGAACACCUUUAGGAUUACCAUUGACACUACCAAACACUAAGAAACAAUUAGCAUAUUUAAUAUCUCAUGAAUGGACAAAUUUACCAAGUGUAUCAGUAAAAUCAAGUGCUUUACCAUUAACUGAAUUGGCUGCGAGAGCAAUAGAUUUAGAAUCGGCUCAUAAAAUAAAUGAAACAGAGAAUGAAAAAGUUAAAGAGUUAAUUGCCAUUGACGAUUUGAAAUUAGGUUUAUUAAAUUAUCUUGAUACUGAUACGUGUCUUAUAUUUGCAGGAGUAAAAGAUUGUGAUGGAUUAUUGAGACAAAAACAAGAUGAAUUAUACAUACCUUUGAUCAAGGAAUAUGAUGAAUUUUUCACUAAAUAUGGAAAAUUUAAAGGGUUAUUGAAAAAUGAUGAAUCGAUAAAAUUAAACUUUUUGGAUUGUGAAAAAGAUGGAUUAAGAGGUAAUAAACAAUCACUCAAGACAAAGGAAGUAGUAAUGAAUUGGUUAAAUGAAAUUAGUAUAUUUGAACUUAUAGCAUUAGAGAAAACAGUUUUAACAACAAAAUCUUUUCUUUGUGGUAUUUCAAUAUUAAGAUCAAAUGUGACUGAUCCAAAGCGAAUGAAAGAUGUAUUUCAAAUAAACAAAGAUACUCAAGAUAAAUUUUGGUAUAAAUCUGUUGAAGAAAUUAUAGAAUUAGGUAAUUUGGAAACAAUUAUACAAACUAGUAGAUGGGGAGAAGUUGAGGACACCCAUGAUGUUGAACAAAGAGAAUGGUUAAGAAGUCUAGCUGGUGCUGCUCUUGUAAGUCAUUGA